GUCUGAAGUCCUGGUUUCAAGCCCAGAGUUGAACAGCAGUGCGGAUUCGCAUUUCCGGCUGCGUCCGAAUAUAUGUGCGACCGGUCCAAAAUGUUCCCACUCGACUCCAUGCCAAGGCUAAAGAGUGACUGCAAAACCGGGGACAGGCUCGAUAGCCAGAAACAGUGAUUUCCGCAGCUUUUCCUUCUGAUUUUUUCUGACGGAUUCGUUUGAACGGCUCCUGUUUGCUCAGCUGGACAUAAUCAUGAUAAUCAUUGAGAACUUUCCGUUGACUUGUAGUGUUGGGAUAAGGACACCCUGGGUAGAUCUACUGACUGUCUCGGAUUGGGCUACCGGUAGCAGCAGUUGGUUGCAUCUCGUCGCGGAGUCGCCAAGGCCGUAAGGCUCUGCUCGUAGAAUCUGGUCACUAGUCUGUACGUGUGUCAGUCACAGCCUAGCUACUGUGAAUUAUGAAGUGAGUGUUGGCGCCUCCAAUGCCGGCAAUGGCUUCGUUUCAUUCAAAUCCCGAAGUAGCUGAUGUUGAUGUUGAAGAGCAGCGGUCCAUCCUGCACCACGCGCUCUCCUCGGAUUUCCAGUUUGUCCGAGUGUUAGCCCAUGGCUCUCAGGGUAGCGUAUUCGCUGUGCGGUGCACGCUGGGCGGACUGCCGCCUAAUAAAUUAUACGCGCUCAAGUUGUUCUACCACUAUAAACGAAGUUGGAGUUCGGCCGCAUUCAGGUCGACUGGCGGUCGGUCGCCCAUCCCUGCAAUCGACGACAUUAGCAGGCCUACCUAUAUUCGAGAGCAUGAGUGGGUGAAACGUAGUCGAGUCCUGAGGCACAAGAAUGUCGUUGGUAUUUUGACGUGGUUUGAGGAUAUCAUUGAGGAUGAGCUGUGGGAGCAGCUACCUGAGCAUGUGAAGGGUGCUAUAGAUAAGUCAGCGUCUGCUCGCAGUGGUCGCCGUGCCCAGUUUGUAUUGUUUGAUCUCCACGAGCAAACAGUUGCGGAUUAUGUGAAAAGUCGUGGUGACAGACCAGUGCCCUAUGCACAGGCCAAGAAAUGGUCCAUGCAACUGGUGGAUGCUGUGUGUUUCUUGAAGGACAAAGGCAUAGUGCACUGUGACCUGAAAUUGGAACACUUGCUACUCAACAGCAAUGGCGACAUUGUCCUGGCAGGGAUUGGUCGUGAAAAGUACCUGGACCUCGAAAACGACUUGCAAUACUUUAGCUACGGUUUGGACAACACCCAGCAUGCUGCACCGGAGGUUCACAGACAGUCCUACUGCCGGGGAUGGUCGGUUGGCGGCGGCUGUUCAUGGACUGAGUAUGACAGGCAGACCGGCUGGACUGUGGGCGUCCUGAUAUACGAGUUUGUGAUGAAAGCUCAUCCGCUACCUGACUAUCCAGGCGCAUACAGAAAUGGUCACGAGGUGAUGUACAACAUGGAACAUGUCGACAUCAAACCAUUACCCAGUGAGUACGUAACUGAAUUCAACACGCUAGUGAUGACAUUGCUGGAACCGGACCCAGACAAACGUCCCAUCCUCACUGACACUCGACUAUGCCUGGAAGCACUUCACACCGGUUCAGCAGAUCACCUGCUCCAAGAAGUACCAAGGGCGCACCAGGAGCAUGAACAGCUCAAGGAAAGCACCAGCAAGCUACGUGAGGAGAAGUGUGUUCUGGAGAAUCGUCUCCAUGGUUACGACAGCGACGAAAGGGAACUCAAAGAGCGUCUCAGAGUGCUCGAAGAAGCAAUCGCCAAACUUGAGGAGCAGAGUGCAAACCUGAAUGUUCUCUUGUGGAAACAUGAGAGGACGCCACUAGUCACUGUUGUGCAAGAGAUUGCAGAGCGGCGCAGCAAACUGCGGGAACGCCUUACUGCUCUCAACACGGAGGACACGCAGGAUGUUGCAUCCACAUGGCUACUCUGCUCGGAUGUGGAGACGUUGCUGAAGGUCAUGGAGACGGCGAUGGCGCGAGUCAACGAGCUACACGUGCUUCGGGAGAGACUGCCGAUACCUUCGUUUCAUGAUUAUGCUAGGGGCCUUAAUUCCUGUUCGUCUCGAGGUGUUUCACGGCCAAUCCCUGCGUGGUGGAAAACUCGCCAAAAUAGGCAGACCGCAGCAAGUCAUGAUGUCACAAUCGACAAAGACAAGCUAGAAGCUAUCAGGAUUGCCUUUGCUGAGCUACAGACAGUGCGAAAGGAAUGUGCCAAGCAGCAAGACGAGGUUCACAAGCUUCGUAAAGAUACUGAAAUGUUGUCAGGAAGAUGCAAGAGAACCGAGACAGCUUGUCAGACUCUCCGAGCUAAGAUUGGUCGCGCGGAAGAGAGAGUUUCCGCUGAGGAACGCCAUGUAGCCAAACUCCACGCACGGUUAGCUGAGUACGAUGAGAGACCCCUGCAUGUGCUGAGCAGAGAUGCGGCAGUGAUGCGCUCUGACCUAUCUCAACUCUGGUCCACUCCAGGUGAGACAAACGUCCAGGCUCGCCAUGAACUGGAGGAGCUGUAUCGACUGUACGA